AAACGUGAUACAAGUUAUGUUAGAGCUAAGAUGUUAGACAAAAUGGAUGCCAUAUAUCCAUUUCAGUUUUUUGCAGCUUUAGGUGAUAUUGAAACUGUUUUUAAUGAUACAUCAAAAUGGACAG